UAAAUGCAGUUCCAUUUCAACAUAAUAAAAGAGCUACCAAAUUCAACACACCUUGUCAAAUUGAUCUAGACCCACUUACUGUGGUAAUGAAGCCUGACCCUCCUGUUGGAAACCAAUCUGACCUAAUUAAUGUAUCUGGAACUUUAACAGAAUUUAAUAUUACCGCAAACCAAACCUUGUAA